AUGUCGAUGCCGUGUUGGUCAUGAGUAGCGGCCGCUGCUGGCCACCAUCCGUAGAUUUACCGACGUGUUCGAGUGCUUUUGAGUAGCGGUGCAGUACGGGCUGUCAAACUGUACUACUGUAGGCGCAGAUCCGCGGAUGUUCAUCUAUUUCUUUUUUUCAGAUUCCUUCCAAGACCGUAGAAGUAAGCGAGUCGUUCAGGACUUGUUCUGUCAGAGUCACCAGCACCAACAGUCAACACCUAGUCACCGGGCUUGCCGAACCGAGACAUAUUCUCGUGAGCAACACAUGUGGGCACAUUGACUGCGUUUGUGUCCGGGACGAAUUACCGACAGCACGAGUCGCCUGCUCCCACCAAGGGCAAGCAACCGCCAUAUCGAGCAGAGAAGGGGUAGAUCGUGCCAUCUGGAACCGGUUGGCAGCUGAACGAGGGACUCCAGAUCAUUUGAAACGUGCAGAAGGCAGCGAGAGCGAACACUCUCAGUGCUGAAAGGAGGAGAACAACAACAGCAGUACGAAUGCCUGGAGGAACGAUGGUGGAUGUGUGUCGGAGCCCAAUUGCAAUGUCGACAGGCGAACAACGACGACAAACCAGCCCAGCAGUAUCUGCUGGUCGCGGUGUGAGUCUGCCGGACGGGUACGAGCCGCUACCGCACCAAGUAGCUGGUCAUCUUUUCACUAAUGGCAAGCUAGGCAUGCUAAGACGAUGUGGGGACGGUACAGCAGUGCUCAAGCCGGUACAACGCUCGCCCAAAGGUCCUCGAGAGCUGCAGUUCUACAAGGAGCUGUCAGCGUCGCAGUGCAGAGAUGAGCUGCAGUGCUUGAGACCCUGGGUUCCACAGUUCCAUGGAGUAACGGACAUAGUAAUAUCCGAUGGUAUCGCAGAACGACAGCAGACAUUUCUCCUAUUAGAAGACCUGGCAUCCACAUUGCCCCAUGCUAGUGUCAUUGAUUUGAAAAUCGGCCGACGAUGUUGGGAUGAGAGUGCAAGUUCAGCCAAAAUCAAUGCUGAGCUUGCCAAGUAUCCACAGCAAGAGCACAUUGGCUACCGGAUCUCUGCCAUGCGUGUGUUCAACCGCACCAAGAAUGAAUUCAAGUAUUACAGCAAGCUGUACGGGCUAUCUCUGGACGAGUGCGCUGUGCUGGACUCGCUGCACGCGUUUUUCUACGACGGUGUGGGUCAGCGUGCUGAUGUCAUUAGGAAUGUGCUGUCGCAGCUGCAGAGCUUGCGGGAGGUGUUUCUACGGCAGUCGGCCGCACACUUCUAUGCUAGCUCACUACUGAUUGUGUAUGACGGUGGCCUGCCCGCAUCGCCUGCCACCGUCAAGGUGAAAAUGAUCGACUUUGCGCACACAUUCCUGGUGGCGGGGUCGGGCGAGCAGAGUCUGGACGAGAACUAUCUCUUCGGCCUGACCCAUCUGAUAGAGAGUUUGAGCAAGUUGCUGGAACACUAGUUGCUCUGACCGUGUUACCCAUAGACAGUUCUGGAACACUAGUUGCUCUGACCGUGUUACCCAUAGAGUUCUGACCGUGUUACCCAUAGAGUUCUGGCAGUAAAUGAGUAGUAUGUAGUUUACAUGUCCAAGCUGGUCUUGGAAUAGACCAAGCUGGUCUUGGAAUAGACAUGUUGGUGAGCAGACCUAUUCUAGUGUACGUCAGUACUCCUUACUCCCUGCUAUAAUUAACAGAUCAGUGAAGGACUUCACAAUGGUUGCAUCCAUCACUAGUUCGUGUUAAGACUAAACAUCAAUUUGUCCGUAUGCACCCAGGUGGUGAAGUUGGUACGGUGGCGGGGAAUUUCAGGAAGCUGUGUUAUCUCUUUCUACCAUCGUAACCGCCCGCGUUUUCUUCUGUUCUGUGUGUGUGUGUGUGUUGGAGACGCAAUUCUUGUGGGCUUACUCGCUCUUUUUUCUCUCUUUUUAUCAUCCUCUCUAUAUCUCAGUUUUCCUCAUGUCUUGAGUUAUUUGGCAAUGGCCAUGAGCAGUGUUGCUAUCAGUGUUGCUAUCGGUAUAUGCGGUGUAUACACCGCAUGUAGUUAGUGUAUCACAGGUUGAAUUUCUGUCUUGAUCCGAUCUAUCGUAUGGAGCAUCUUUGGCUGUCUACUUCUACUGCAGUGCUGCGGGUGUGUACAGUUCUUGUGAUCAGUACUCUUACCUCAUGUAUACACAGUUCAGCAAGGGUUUCAGACUAUUUCCUUGUGCUCUAUCGCAGCGUUCAGAGUCUCCUGAUUGUGUUCUUUCCUGCACAUUUGCGUCUGCUUGAAUCAUGUGACCUUUUCCGCUCACUCAAUAACACUCAGUAACUAUGUACAUUGUACAUUUCGUCAUCAUGUCAAGUACACAGCAGGGAUAUAGACUGCUAUGGCCAGGAACUAUCGUUCUUGUGUUUUAUGCUUUUAGGAAGUCCCUGUGCCGUCA